UAAAAAUUAAAUUAAUUUAAACAGAGGUAGCAAAUCAGCCACAGAAACCGAAACCCGUGGUAAGAAAAAAUGGAGAUUUUUGGAAGAAAUUGCGAUUUUGUACCCAGAACCUGACACUCUCAGGUUCCAAGGGUUCAAAGGGUUGUCAAGAGCUGUCUGCUGGGCUGGGAGGGUUCUCCACCUGGGGAAGGUAAAUUCAAUGUGUGGUAAUUUCACUGAUCCAUCCCUGAUGGCACGGGGGUGCCUGUGAUGGGAAGGCAGAGCUGAAGUGCCAAGCAGUGAGUGAUGCAGGGAUUUCCCCCUCCAAGCACACACCUGGCACAGAGAUCCAGCUCCUUCCAUGUGCCCACACUGCCCGGGGACAGACCCUGCCCUAUCUCUGCACUUUGCUCCCCCAGCUGGAAUGUGCAGUUAUUCCCUAACUCCUGAAAAAACAUCGUGGCAACACAAACCAAGAGAAAAAUCUUUGAUCUCUUGUAAACACCAGAUUGCCAGAGCCUCCCUUCUCACUGUUUUUAUUGUUGCUAGGUGAUUGAUAGCUCUCUCCUGCUAUCAAACCUUAAACCUGAAACCUUAUUUAAGCUUAAUUAAUAUUUCACAGGCACGCAGGUAAGUAGCAAAGGUCGGAGUUUUGCUGAGGUUGAUGAGGCAGCAGUGCCAGGGCUCAGCUGUGCUGCACUGGAGGGCGCAGCACUGCAACCUUUACCUUUCCUUUCCCCCAAAAACCUCUGACACCUGCUCCUCUCCCAGUCACACGUGCAGGGUGUAGCAGGAAGAGAGGCAGGGCGCAUGUGUGCAGCUCCUGAACUCCUCAGUCCUCUGGAAUUCACACAGGAAGCUGGAUGAGAAUGGACCAAGGAGAGACAUUUAAGAGGAGUGGGAAGUUCUGCUUUGCUGUGUGUGGAUGGAGGGUGGGAGCACUGAUGGCUCUGUGCCUUCUGCAGCAGGCUCGAGGUCACGUUCAGCUUCUCCCUCCUCAAAAUGUGACCCUGCUGUCAAAGGAUUUUGCCCUGAUUUUGACCUGGGCUCCAGGGGAAGGCUCUCCCCCGGGUGUGACCUACACUGUGAGGUAUGAAAGCCAGGAUCGCCUGGACAGAUGGAUGAAGGUUCCUCACUGCAAAAACAUCCCCAGAUCCUUCUGCAAUCUGACUUGUGCCCUCUCCAGCUUCUUUGUGAAAGUGAGGGCUCGCGUGAAAGCGGUUUGGGGACGGUCCCAGUCACCGUGGGUGAAAUCCCAGUUCAAGGAUUACUACUCAGACGUGGAGCUGGCUCCCCCCGUGCUGACCCUGAAUGUCAGCAAGAAUUCCAUCCACGUGAGUGCCUCCUUCCCUCUGCCCAAAUGUGUGGAGAACCUCACUUGGAAAUACGACUUGAACCUCUGGGAAGCAGGAUCUGAAGACAAGAAGAAAUACGAAGGUUACUUCAGGAAGGACACGGUGACCAUCAACACCACUGCUCUCAGAGGCAAUUACUGCUUCAGUGCCAGGGCUCUCUAUGAAAGCAUCAGCUUGAAGUACAGCGAAUUCUCCCAGCCUGUGUGUGUGCAAUUAAACCACAAAGCAGUGGAGUGGAAGUUCCCACUUCUGGUUAUGAUCCUUCUGCUCGUGCUUAUCUUCGUGUUCAGUCCCUUCAUCUGCUGCCUGGUGAAGCACGAGGCCAAGGAAAGGAAGAUGCCUCUGGUUUUGGAUUUCUCUCAAUUUAAAGCAGCUGGACCAACCUUGCACUUGGAGCUGAGUGAAAAGGAACUCUGCAGUGAUGAUCUGAACUGCACAGAGAGGCCAGUGCCUCAAAGGAGGACAAACAGAGCUUUAGGAGAGCAUCACCUGCCAUGGGUGGCUUCUUUCCAAUCAUCAUCAUCAUCAUCAUCAUCAGAGGGUGAGGAGGAAGAAGACAGCAGCCCUUUGAUCCCAUACCAUGAAAUGCCUCGGUAUCCAAAGAGACACCUGAGCUGCCAGCCUCCCACAGCAGCUCCAGGGGAGAGCAGCUUGGAUUCGGGAUCUGCAGGGCUGGCUGUGCACACCGGAUCUGUGCUUGACCUCAGAGCCCUGGGAUUCACUCUCUCUGCAGAGAGGAAGGCUGAGGUGGACACCUCGGGGUCCCAGGAGAACGAGGAGGUGUCUCUUUACCUCUGUUCCUCCUUGGGAAGGAUAUCCCUCACUGAUGUGAGAUUCCCAGCUGCCAGUGAGCAUGGGCAGGGUGAUGGAAACGGGGAUGAGAGGAUGGGAAUGACCCCCCUUCACCCCCUGCCGGGGGGGAUUCCUGCUGAACCCCACGAGCAGCACCCUCACAGGAAGGCUCCUCAUUUCUCCAGGGAUUACCAGGAAUCCGUGCUGGGCCUGCAGCUCCAGAUGGACUCCACAUCCCAGCCCAGGGAGGAUCCCAGCAGCCAGCUGCUCAUCCCCCUGUGGACACUGCAGGUGGCAGAGGAUGAAGGCAUUGCAAGCGACUGUGGCAGUGACAGUUUUACAGAAGAGGCACUGCCCGACCCCACCCUGCUCAGUGAGGCUUUUGAGACUUCAAACACAGAGGAAAAAUACGAUCCAAAGUUUCAAUUCCCAGGCUACAAGCACUCACAUUACUUGGGAAGGAUCUAAAAUACCCAGCAGGUCUGGGGAGUGCCUGGAAAAUGCUGGAGAGUUCCAGAUAUCCAAGAAUCCUUGAACAAGGACAAAAAACUGAUGUCUGGCCUAUCCUGGCAAUGGCUUUAGGGACACAAAAAGUGCAUUUUAUUGCUAAGUCACCUCUGUCCUGUCACUGUCCCUCUGAGAAGGUGCCAGCCAGGGGUGAGGGAGGCAAAAAUCACAACCCAGCCCUGGGUGCAACCAUCAGCUGGGGCCUGAAAAUGCAGUUUUGUCCCUGCACGUGGAUUUGGAGCAGAUUUUGAACUGCUUUGUGUCACCUUUAUUCCCUGUAAGAAUAUUUUUUCUAAUUUUUUUCUUUAUUCCAGAGCUUGACUGGAAGCUCCUUACAGAGAUAUUCAGCAAGAUCUGGUUUUUGUGGGAUGCCAAGUUCUCCACCUCGUCCUGCAGAAUUCACCUUCUGUGUUCCAACAGAGGGGAACUGGAGCCAAAGUGUGCAGCAAGCUUGUUUAUUUAUUUUUUAUUUUAUACUUAUUGGAGCUGAAAUUCUUCCUGCUGUGCAGAAUGUCUGAGAGCAAUAAUAUUUUGAUAGAAAUCUC